UUAUCUCCCAAUAGUUAUCUCGUGCGUGUCUCGCACCACUGCUCUUCGUUCUCCAGUCAAUGGGCUCUCUUCCCCAUCCCGAUCUCCUUCUCCCGAUCCUAAUCCUCUUGUUGUCUCUCACGCCCCUCACUUCCUCUACUCCUGACUACGAUGCGGAGGAGCUGCUGCGUUCUGCGAACGAGGACAAGGAAUGGCUGGUCUCCGUCCGGCGGCGCAUCCACGAGCACCCGGAGCUCCGAUUCCAGGAGCACAACACCAGCGCCCUCAUCCGCGCCCAACUCGACCGCCUCGGGGUCCCAUACUCCUUCCCUUACGCCGGUACCGGCGUCGUCGCCCAGGUCGGCUCCGGCGAGCCCCCCGUCAUCGCCCUUCGUGCCGAUAUGGAUGCCCUCCCCCUCCAGGAAUUGGUGGAUUGGGAGCACAAGAGCAAGAAUGAUGGGGUGAUGCAUGCGUGCGGGCACGACGCUCACGUGGCGAUGUUGCUUGGUGCUGCGAAAUUGCUAAACCAGCGCCAGAGCAAACUCAAGGGAACAGUGAGACUUAUUUUUCAACCUGCAGAAGAGGGUGGUGCAGGUGCAUCUCACAUGAUCAAGGAUGGUGUUCUGGAUGGUGUAGAAGCUAUCUUUGGGAUGCAUGUUAACUAUCAGGUACCUACAGGAAGUAUUGAAUCACAACCAGGGCCUACUCAGGCUGCUGUAUGCUUCUUUGAAGCAAAAAUAGAAGGUAAAGCUGGAGAAGCUGCAAAACCUCAUUUAAAUGUGGAUCCACUAGUUGCUGCAUCAUUUGCUAUUCUGUCGAUGCAACUUCUCACUUCCAGAGAAGAUGACCCUUUACAUAGCCAAGUACUCUCUGUUACUUAUGUCAAGGGUGGGAGCUCAUUUGAUGAAACCCCUCCAUUUGUUGAAUUUGGAGGUACCCUGAGGAGUAUAACCACGGAGGGCUUGCAUAGGCUUCAAAGAAGGGUAAAGCAGGUAGUAGAAGGCCAGGCAGCUGUCCAUCAAUGUACAGCAUUUAUAAGCAUGUUAGAGGAGGAUUUCCCAUUCUACCCAGCCGUAGUAAAUGAUGCAGGGCUACAUGAUCAUGUACAACAGGUUGGUGCACUUUUACUCGGUCGAGAUAAGGUGAAGACGGGGAAGAAAAUCAUGGCCGGUGAAGAUUUUGCGUUCUACCAACAGUUGAUCCCAGGGAUUAUUUUUGCCACUGGAAUUAAAAAUGAGAGUGCUGGACCAGUCUAUCCUGCUCACUCCCCCUAUUUCUUCAUUGACGAGGAUGUCCUACCAAUCGGGGCGGCAUUACACACUGCAAUCGCCGAACUGUACCUAAAUCAGCACAGCAGUUAGGAUAAUGAAAUUGUCACAUCCUCUUGUUGACAUAAAGAGUAUGUAUGAUAUGUAGGGUCGUCUUCAAGAUAUGAUAUACGACAGUUUGAAUACCAGGACCAAAUAAGCAUUGAACA